AAGUCCAAAGCUCAGAUGGUGGGAGCUUCAAGGGUUCAAGUGAAGAGAGGGAGAGGUAGCGGAGAAAGACGUGGAGUGGCGAGGGAGCGACGGAGAAUUGACACAAAUCAACGUGAGCACCCAAACCACCAUCAUCAUCAGCAGCGGCGGCGGCCGGCGGCGGCAGCCUCCCCGACCUCCAUCACCUCCCUUCUUCUCCCUGGAAGACACCAGCAGCACCAGAGGGAAACAGACACUCCUGUCCAACACUUGACUGGCUUGGCCUUCCCUCUGAUGGGUAAUCCCUCCGCAGCAGAGCCACCUCCACCGGGACGCUUGAAUGAAGGGUUUGGAAGACAGAACAGCGUUUGGACAUCUUCAGAUCAUUUUCUAAGCACCUGGAUGUCUUCCAAGCGACCAGCCUCUCCAUAUGGGGGGACAGAUGGAGAGGUAACCAUGGCAACCAGCAGACAGCGAAUGGAGGACGAGGAGAGCGAGGGACUGGGCGGUGUCAUCCACCUCCCCCUGGCCUACUGCGGCAAGGUGUCCCCUCGUUCGCCCCCCAACCGCAACUUGGACAGCCCUCCCAGCACGGACCACGACGGCACCAAGGGGAGUUCACUGAGUCCCUACUCACAGCACAAUGCUACCUCACCGGGGAAAGAGGAGGGCGGAGGCGGGGGGCGACCCUGCAGCGACGGAGGCUCGGCCACCGGCACCCUGGGGACCCCCGAGAGACGCAAGGGCAGCCUGGCUGAYGUUGUGGACACACUGAAACAGCGCAAGAUGGAGGAGCUGAUCAAAAACGAGCCAGAAGAGGCCCCCAGCAUUGAGAGGCUGUUGUCAAAGGACUGGAAGGAUAAACUUUUGGCCAUGGGCUCAGGGCACAUCGGAGAAAUUAAAG